GAUGUUCAAGUUACUGCUGUUGUUCCUGACGUUGUCAGGCCUCCAAGCGGUCCCAAUUGCAGUCCUUAGACGUGUUCAGAAGACAUCUUCAACCUACCAGCUCCCUAAUGGCUUUCAACAGGGCACUGAGCACUCCGACAUCCGCCAACCCAUUCCGGACGGCUACCGUCAAGGUACUGAGCCCGCCAGGAAUUUCCUUGUUGACCUCAACACUGGCCUAGUGCGGAAACACAUCAGUGAGAUGAGCAGGAGAGUGGCUUUUAUGCACCCUUCUCCAGGAAAGGGAUUUGGUCAGAUGGAGAGAAGACACUGGCUGACAGAUCAGGUCCCUGUUGAUGUUCCAGCCCUGAAGAACGCUGGUGGUUGGGUCAGAGUAGAUGAACCCUCUGCUCCUCAUCUUCAAGAUGGUUUUAAACAGGAAACCAAACCCAUUAGGACUAUCCCAGAUGGUUUCAGGCAGGGUACAGAACCCAUUAGGACUAUCCCAGAAGGUUUCCGACAGGGUACAGAACCCAUUAGGACUAUCCCAGAAGGUUUCAGGCAGGGUACAGAACCCAUUAGGACUAUCCCAGAAGGUUUCCGACAGGGUACAGAACCCAUUAGGACUAUCCCAGAAGGUUUCAGGCAAGGUACAGAACCCAUUAGGACUAUCCCAGAAGGUUUCAGGCAAGGUACAGAACCCAUUAGGACUAUCCCAGAAGGUUUCAGGCAGGGUACAGAACCCAUUAGGACUAUCCCAGAAGGUUUCAGGCAGGGUACAGAACCCAUUAGGACUAUCCCAGAAGGUUUCCGACAGGGUACAGAACCCAUUAGGACUAUCCCAGAAGGUUUCAGGCAAGGUACAGAACCCAUUAAGACUAUCCCAGAUGGUUUCAGGCAGGGAACUGAACCCUCCGCCCCCGGACUCCAGGCAAAGACAGUGGCAUGUAAGGGAGAGGUCAUCAACGGAAACUGCUACGAAUUCAUCCCUGCGCUGCUGGCCUUCCAAGAUGCACAGGCCCUGUGCAGAUCUCUCGCCCCAAAUGCUGAGCUUGCAUCUGUUACAACUGCCGAUCUGCAAUCCCGUCUGGUCCACCUGGUGACAAAGGGUGGCGAGAGCCACCCUGUCCUGACCUGGCUGGGAGGCAGGGUCCAGAACCAGCAGCCAUCAUGGGUAGACGGGUCUGAGUGGCGCUACAGCGACUGGAUGCCAGGUCACCCCAACAUUCACACGGAUAAACCGGUCUGUGUGGAGAUGUUCAAGAUGGAUGAGAGCUGGUGGACAGCCGCCGACUGUGGACUGAAGAGAGCGUCCAUCUGUUCGUACCAGAUCACUGCGUGAAAACCACAAAGAAACAGAGCAUAAAAAGGAGUUUAUUUCCUCUUAUACAUCUGUAUUCCCUCAAAUAAAAACAUGGCAUAUUA